AAGUCAAUUUCAAUAGCUGUGUCACAGUGACACUUGACAUUACGAAAUGUUAUGAAACCGAAUCUAACCUGAAAAAUUGCCUUGAAAUGAUAAAUAUUUUGUAAAUAAAGUCGAAAAAUGAGUAGCAGAUAUUUAAUUCGUUCCUUAUUAUGUACUUUACCUCGUAGAUUUCCUGUAAAACACACUAGUAUAUCCAAUAAUCGUGUUAUUGUAAACUUUAUAAAUGUUGAUAUUCGAGCGUAUUCUAGUAAGAAAUCGGAUGAUACUGAGAAGAAGCAUUGUAAUGUAGGUACGAUAGGUCAUGUGGAUCAUGGAAAGACUACGCUCACUGCUGCUAUUACCAAAGUUCUGUCUAAAGAAGGCGGCGCUAAGUAUGUCUCUUAUGAUGAAAUAGAUAAGGCUCCAGAGGAAAAGGCUAGAGGUAUAACAAUAAAUGCAGCUCAUGUGGGUUACAGUACAAAGUUCCGGCAUUAUGCACACACAGACUGUCCAGGGCAUGCUGAUUAUAUUCGUAACAUGAUAUCAGGCACAUCUCAAAUGGAUGCAGCCAUUCUAGUGGUGGCUGCAAAUGAUGGGCCAAUGCCACAAACGAGAGAACAUUUAUUAUUGGCGAAGCAAGUUGGAGUACAAUAUAUAUUAGUUUAUAUAAAUAAAGUUGACUUGGUUGAUGAUGAGGUUUUAGAUUUAGUUGAAUUAGAAAUGAGAGACAUGAUAUCCGACUUUGGUUAUGACGGAGCAAAUGUGCCCAUAGUUAAAGGGUCUGCAGUAAAAGCACUUAAUGAGGAUCCGUCAGAAAUUGGUGUACCCUCUAUAAAGAAACUAUUAGACACCAUAGACAACUAUGUUCCGACCAUAGUGCGAGAUCUAGAGUCGCCAUUUCUAAUGCCCAUAGACAAUGCGUUCACAGUGCCUGGUAGAGGCACGGUUGUCGUAGGUACUAUAAAAAGAGGUGUUAUGAAGAAAAAUGAUAAUGCAGAAUUAAUGGGUUUUGGGCUGAACGUCAAAACUACGCUGUCGGAUUUGCAAAUUUUUAGACAGUCUGUGCCUGAGGCAUUAGCCGGUGACAACGUAGGUGCAUUACUUCGCGGAUUAAAACUCAAAGCGGUAGAAACCGGUAUGCUAUUAUGUGCAGCCGGUAGUGUGUCCAUGAGCAAUCAUUUUAAAGCAAAAGUUUAUUUUUUGUCGAGAAGUGAGGGUGGGCGGAAAAAACCGAUUUUCUCGAAAUAUUCCCAGCAAAUGUUUAGUGGAACUUGGAAUAUCGCUUGCAGGAUUGAUUUGGAGCCCACAAUGGACAUGUUAAUGCCCGGUGACCACGCAGAGGUAUACCUCACACUACUAGAAGGCAUGGUCAUGACCACGGGUCAACCGUUCACGAUACGAGAGAAUAACGUGACCGUGGCCACGGGCAUUGUGACAGAAACAUUAAGUAAUGUGGAUGUACCCAAUGGCAAGUUGGGUAGGGUACAGCUGAAAUUGGCUUCAUGAAAUUAAAGAAAAAUAAUCGAGAAAUAACAAAUAAACUUAAAAAAAUUAUUGAACCUGUUUUGAAAAUUCAAUGUAAGAUAGGUACACUGAAUUUUUAUAAUUUCUUGCUUGUUCCUCUAAAUUUGCCGUUUGGAUAUAUUGUGAACAAAACUUUAUGAACGUGUCCAAUGGGAAAUGCGAGAAUUCAUUUUGAGUAAAAUUAAACUAAAAAAGAAAAAUAUUUUGCGAAUGAAUAAAUUGCAUUUAGCCAUCGAUUUACCAAAAAUAAAAUGAGUGUAUGGUAAUAUGGCUGUAACAUAAAACAUAAUAUAACAAUAAUAUAAUCAUUAAAAUUUACAACACACCAUAAGUCAUCUAAGUUAGAUAUUAUUUGCAAGCUAGUGAUAUGUUUUUAUUCAAUGUAUGCAAAAAUGUUCAACAUUGUAAAUAUAGCGUAGAUAAAAUAAAUUAUUAUUAAUAAUUAUAA